AUGAAAUUUGAGAAAACGAACAGGAAUGAGGCAACCCACGCCUUAAGAAGGGAUAAAAAGCAAGAACUCCGAAUUGAUCUCCAGAGACAUAAUGGAGAACAGGCUUAUGCUGUGUAUGCCACAUUUUACAUCGUAGAUGAAAACAAUAAAUAUACCCUUACAGUAUCUGGUUACAACGGAAUAGCAGGUGACAGUUUGAUUUAUCAUAAUGGUAUGAGAUUUACCACUAAAGAUCAAGACAAUGACGUCAACAGCGGUGUUAACUGUGCUACGUCAUGGCAGGGAGGCUGGUGGUACAAGUCCUGCCACCACGCCAACUUAAACGGAAAAAUUCGCCGAGGCAAAUGUGUCUGGUUGUCAAUAUGCGAAAAAAUAUAUAAAGAUUGUUCAGAUAUUGUGAAAAGAGACCCAAGCAAGAAAGGACAAAAUGGAGUGUAUGUUAUUUACCCUGACACUCGGAGAGAAGUCUUCUGUGACAUGACGACUGAUGAAGGAGGGUGGACGGUCAUUCAGAAACGAAAGGAUGGUGACGUCGAUUUUUACAGGACAUGGAUAGAGUAUAAAAACGGAUUUGGGAAUGCCACUAAAAAUUAUUGGAUAGGAAAUGACGCAAUCCACACCUUAACAAUGGAUAAAAACCAGGAACUCCGAGUUGAUCUCCAGAGACAUAACGGAGAACAGGCCUAUGCUGUGUAUACCACAUUUUACAUCGGAGAUGAAGACAGUAAAUAUAUCCUUACAGUAUCUGGAUACAACGGAACAGCUGGUGACAGUUUGGCUUAUCACAAUGGAAUGAAAUUCAGUACCAAGGACCAGGACAAUGGCAGGGGGUCUGGUAGCUGUGCUAAACAACGGCACGGAGCCUGGUGGUACGAUAACUGUGCUUACUCAAACCUCAACGGAAUGUACGCACAGUCUGCUUUGUCAGAUGGUAGAUACCCGAUAUGGAGUCACUGGACCGGAUGGGAAGCAUUAAAACAGACUGUGAUGAUGUUGAGAUACAAACAAUAG